GUUUCUUUUCCGUCCUACAGUGGCACGUGAAUCAGCACGUGAUUUCCCUGCCACAUCUUCAUCGUUCCGGUUGCAUGCCGGAGGUGAAAAUGCUGUUCUGGAAUUAGCCGUGUAACUAGCGGCUUGAGCCUAUCGGCCAUAUUUUUUUCUUCAGCAUCACAGACCACCGUAUCACAGAUUUCACAUCCUACCAAUACAAUGGCUUGCCCCAAGUGUGCCUACUCUAUUUUGAGAAUACCGGUGCGAAUCCUUGCCAAGCUCUUGUUUGUCUCCUGCCUCGCCUGGAUCGUGUUAACCAACGCUCUCCUUUGCUAUUUGCACGAUGGCUCCUCGCCGUCUCUCUCUACUAUCCCCGUGGAAUUGACCAAUAAAGACAUCUACUUCCUCAUCGCGCACCCAGACGACGAGGUGAUGUUCUUUGGACCUACGAUCUUGGAGUUGUCCUUGCCAAAAUACAACAACUCUAUGAACUUGCUAUGCCUCUCCACCGGGAAUGGCGCUGGUUUAGGGUCAACCAGAGAGUUGGAGCUCUUAAAGUCUACCCAAAUCUUGUUUUCUCUGUACGGAAGCCAGCGCCCGCAGCCGGUGGUGAAGAUUGUAAAUGACGAAGCGAGAUUUAUGGAUACAAUGGACGCUGAGUGGGACGCCCAGUUGGUUGCUGAGGAGUUAGGACUGUUUGUGAAAACCUCAGAUGCGUUGGUAAUCACCUUCGACGAAGGUGGGGUGUCCGGUCACCCGAACCAUGUUUCACUAUUUGAGGGUGCCAAAGUGUAUGUUUCCCAAACCCCAGCCUCUUUGUACACGCUCAGCUCCGCCAGUUCGGUCUGGGAGAAGUAUUCCUUCACCCUUAUCACCAACUGGAAGUUGUUCAAGAGGUUGGUAGCCAGCCGGCCGCACUCUGUGCUUGCUCAAGCCUUCAACCGAAGAUUCAGCCCUAUUGAGGUUGACACUUUGCUCGGGGGAGCCCCAGUGGAAAUUUACGCCACAAUGAACAUGUUCUUAGCGGCGGUGGGGGCCAUGGCUUGGGGACACUACUCGCAAAUGGUGUGGUUCAGGUAUGGCUGGAUGCUUUUGAGCCGCUACUUGACGUUUAAUGAGUUGAGAUUGGUGCAAUAGAGUGUUUAUUUAUUAUACAAAUGGAAGUUGGGGGUAUAUUAGGACCCAGCUGUUGAUGCGAUGGUGUUUGGGUUAGCUAUACGUUAUUAAAGAGAAUUUGUAAAAGCAUAACGGGUUUUAAGCUUUGUCCAAGCUGUAAUUAUAAUCAGUUCAUCUAACGUGCCUUACUACUUCCGCAAGUGUUCUUGACACCUAUACGUUAACAUUUUCGACACUGACUUUCCCUAGCUAUUGAUUUUACUUUCAUUUUAAAACAAACCCCUG